AUGGCCAAGCGCAACAUUCUGCUCAUGAUCGCCGACGAUCUCGGCAAACAACUUGGCUGCUAUGGAAAUACCAAGAUCCAGACUCCAAACCUAGAUCAACUUGCGUCUGAAGGAACAAGAUUCGAUCAAGCUUUCACUUCAACUGCUUCCUGCAGCGCUAGUCGCUCCGUGAUCUACACUGGCCUGCACACACAUCAAAAUGGACAAUAUGGGCUGCAUAAUGGCCGCCAUCACUUCACGACCUUUGAUAAUGCCGAGACUGCACCUUCUCUCUUCUCAAAGCAGGGCUACACAACUGGCUUGAUUGGAAAAGUGCAUGUUGGGCCUUCUCAUGUGUACCCGUGGGAUAUGCGGGCCGAAAGCGAUAGUCGUGAUGUUGCAGCUGUUGCAGAUCAGGCCUCAACGUUCUUUGACAAGUCCCGAGAUGACGACAAGCCAUUCUUCUUGACGAUUGGCUUCAUUGAUCCUCACCGGGACUGGACUCGAUCCGGCUUCGGUAAUGACGGCGAGUAUGACCCUCGCGUUAAGAAGGUCGAUUACUCGCCUGAUGAUGUGGAGAUUCCGCAUUUUGUCAAUGACCUGCCUGGCGUGCGUUAUGAAUUCGCAGAAUAUUAUAAAGCAAUUUCGAGGCUGGAUCAAGGCGUUGGAAUGGUCAUGGAGGGGUUGGCCAGGUCUGGGUUAGCAGACGAUACUCUCGUCAUCUUCCUCAGUGACAACGGACCUCCCUUCAUCAACUCCAAAACAACACUGUACGAUGCCGGUGUAAGUCUACCCAUGAUUGUGAAAUGCCCUGGAUCAGCUGCCGGCAUCGUCAAUCCAAACAUGGUCUCAUACAUCGAUAUCCUACCCACUCUUCUCGAAUACGCCAACCACCCUAGCCCCGAGAAUCCGGCUCGCAUCGGCAGAUCUUUCCUUCCACUGCUGGUUGAAACUUCUCCUCUCGAAGACUGGGGUGAGAUAUUUGGAUCGCACACCUUCCAUGAAGUCACCAACUACUGGCCUACGCGCAUGAUGCGUAACCGGCGCUACAAGUACCAUCGUAACAUUGCCUGGAGGCUUGACUUCCCAUUCGCAGCUGACAUUUAUGGCUCACUCACAUGGGAGGAGAUUCGAAAUGCCGAUACCAGCCCGAAAAUGAUUGGAUCAAGGCUGUUGAAAGAUUACUUCUUCCGUCCUGCGGAGGAACUAUAUGAUAUCAAUGCCGAUCCCAAUGAAGUUCGGAACCUUGCAAAAGACACGCAGUAUCAGAGUGUUCUCGAAAAUAUGAGGGCGGAGGUGGAGAGGUGGCAGCGCAGAACUGAGGAUGCCUGGUUAUAUCGAGAUGGAGUCUCUUUGCUCUUUGUUAGACAUCAUCUUGAGGCCGGGCUGGAGGUCCCGGAUCGUCAAGACUUUGAUGUUGCGGUCCCGGAGAGCCAAGGACAGCCUAAGCUUUCGGGUGACUUGGCCUGGGGUGUCGCGGCAGCAAAGUAA